AUGUUAUUGAGAAGCUCUUCAUCACCAAUCUUGAAGUCAUGGAUACCCAAUUCAACAGUCGGGUCAUCACCCGAAUCCGAUAUUAUACCGCAGUUGACAAGAGCCCGAUCGGUCUGCUUGAAAACGUCGUUGAGGUUUGAAGAUAGCCCGGGGAGAACCGGACACAUAUUUGAGUCAGAUCUCAGGGAGUCGUUGAAGCCCAAGAAGAGUGUGAAGUGGGCAGGGACACCCAAGCCUAUGAAGGUCAAGGGUGGAAGAGAAGGGCAAGAGGUGGGGUCCGGGUCCAUGUUGUUGUCCAGCUCCGGGCUGGGGGCGGCGGAGGAAGAAGCGUGUGUGGUGGUGGCAGAUAAUGCAAGUGUGCCGCAGGCUUUUGUGAUGGGCGGUGGAAGCGGAGUAGGUGGUGGCAGGGUUUGCGGGGGUGGUGGCGGGAGAGGGUCGGAUGAUGGGUUGGGAUCCGGUUCACAAGAUCCGAACAGCUGGAAUGGGAAUGAAAGUGUAGAUUCUUAUUAUCAAAAAAUGAUUGAAGCAAAUCCUAGCAAUUCUCUCUUGUUAGCAAAUUAUGCCAAGUUCUUGAAAGAGGUUAAAGGAGAUUUUCCAAAAGCAGAAGAGUAUUGUGGCAGGGCAAUUUUGGCUGAUCCAAGUGAUGGCAGUGUUUUAUCACUCUAUGCUGAUCUAAUAUGGCAGACUAAAAAGGAUGCUGCUCGAGCCGAAGCUUAUUUUGAUCGAGCUGUUAAAACUGACCCCAAUGACUGUUAUGUGCUAGCCUCAUAUGCUAGAUUUUUGUGGGAUGCUGAAGAAGAAGAGGAGGUUGAAAACCGAUAUGAAAUUGACAAAACUGAUUCUCCUCCCAAGUUCUUCCAAGAGGCAUCUCGUUUGCCUCCCCUAGCUGCAGCUUCUUAA